GGGGUUCCACCGCUCUCUGCGGUCGCGGCCCGGUGCCAUGGCCGUGGCGUCCCUGGGGCCGGCGGCAGCCCCCGCCGCGGCGGCAGCCCCCCGCUAGGCUCCCUCGGCGGCGGGCGCGGCCGCCCCUCCCAGCUCCCCGGGCCGCGGUGCCCGGCGCAGAGCGCGCAGCUCCGCGCCCCGGAGAGCGGCGGCCCCCCCCGGCGCGGCCCGGCCCGGCGCGGCACCAUGUGGGGCGGGCUGCACCCCCAGCUCGGCUUCCGCGGCUACAAGGCGGGCUCAGAUUAUUCCUCAGUGGGAUGGUUACCUGGUACUGAAUCCCUGUGGCAGCCCACAACCAUUUCAUCAAGCAGUCAAAGCAAUCCUGUCAGAAGACACAGUAUAGCUUCCGACAGCGGGGACACUGGGAUUGGUACCUCCUGUUCUGAUAGUGUGGAAGAUCAUUCAACAUCAAGUGGCACAUCCUCGUUUAAGCCCAGCCGAUCACUGGCUUCAAUUCCCACUGCCCAUGUGAUGCCGUCUAAUGCCAGCUCUUCACUUUGCAAACACAGGGAAGCUUUCAAGUCUGAUGGCUCAAAAUGGAGUACAAGCUUUGUACGGUCAGGAGGAGGCAGAAAUCGAGGUGCCCUGGACAAUUCUCUUGACAUGAAAGAUGCAAGACCUGUAAGAAAAUGGUCCUCUUUGUCUAAGCUCAGCUCCCCAAACACCUUCAGCCAAGAUGACAGUAGUCAUUCAGUGGACUCCAGGGCUAGUACAGACAAAGCUGUCUCACCACAAUUGAGGACAAAUGGGCCAAGCUGUUUACAUGAUAGCAUGGAGUUGCUAAAAAUUGAGGACAAAGAAACAGGGAAAAAGCGAUCUUCUGUUCUGGACUGCAAAUACAAGUUUGAAACAUGCAGCAAAGAUGAUUUUGUUUCAGAUUCCUCAAAUAGGAGACAUGCCUUAGACUUGACCUACAGUGCCUUACCUGAAAGCAAACCUGUGGCAGCCAGUUGUGAAGCUUUUGGACAGAGAUAUGCAACUCUGGGACAGCAGGCUGUAAGUGGAGCUCCCAUACAGCCAGCAGUGAGGACUCAGAUGUGGCUUAAAGAACAGUUACGUGCAAAUCCCCUGGACUGCAGGACUGCUGAGGAGCCCUACUGCAUGGCUGCCUGGCAUGUGCAGCAGCUUGAAGAUUUUAGAACAGGAGGUGAACAGCCUGUGCAGGUUCCGACUGGAACACCUCGUCAGAGUUACCCAGCUACCAGCUAUCAAGACUUCAGCAACUGGGAAUCUCUAAUGAAAAUCAAAGAGGGGCUGCUAAGACAGAAGGAGAUUGUGAUUGAUCGGCAAAAGCAGCAGAUUAACAGUUUACAUCAGAGGAUACGUGAGAAUGAACUACGAGCUCAACAUGCAAGACUGAGCCAUCUUGUGCAGUGUGAAGAACCUUACAUGACUAAUUUGCAGCAACCCCAGUACGAGAGCACACCACUGCAACCUCACAUUUCGGAAAGAUCAACAUCGCACCUCGAGGAGCUUGAGCGAAAGAUUGCAGCAGCUGAGAAUAAGGAAUUGCAACUCAGUGAACUUGUAAAACAAAUUUCAAACAAAUCUAGUGAGGAGAAGAAGAAGAUGGAGGAGAAACUUAAAACUAGAGACCGAUAUAUUAGUAGCCUGAAAAAGAAAUUCCAGAAGGAGUCUGAGCAAAGCAAAGAAAAACAAAGACGCAUUGAAACCUUAGAAAAAUAUCUGGCUGACCUACCAACUUUGGAUGAUAUACAAGGGCAGGCUAAACAGCUGCAAAUUCUAGAAGAGAAGAACAAGCAACUUCAAGAAACUAUGACUGAGUUAGAAAAGAAGCUCGCUGAGGCCCGAUCGCAGUGCAGAGAGACAGAAUUGCAACUGGUGGGUCAGAAGAAAAAAGAAAAAGAGCUGGUCACAACAGUACAGAGUUUACAACAGAAAGUAGAAAAAUGUCUGGAAGAUGGUGUUCGCCUUCCCAUGUUGGACACAAAACAGCUUCAGAGCGAGAAUGAACUUCUCAAAGAAAAGAAUGAGAAAGACAGUAAGGUCAUAGACAGUCAACAAAAUCAGAUAGCUGGACUGAUUUUAGACAUUCAGUCUAUGCAAGAGAAGCUUUUGCAAGAAAAGCUGGUAGUUCAGAAGAUGGCAAAUGAUCUUGAAGAAAAAGAAAGUCAUAUAGAGCAGUUAAAUAAAGCUGUCUCUGAAAACCAAAGACUGAUGGAAGAGAACGCCUGCCUGAAGGAGCAGAUGCGGCAGGUGGAGCAGUCCAGGCAGCCAGUAUCUGAGAAGAUGCCUAUAGCAGACCAGUUGUUCAAGGAAAUGUCCCAUUGCUUGUUUGACUUGAAAGCACUCUGCAGUAUUCUUACACAGAGAGCUCAGGGCAAGGAGCCUAACCUUUCCUUACUGCUGGGAAUCAGAUCACUGAGCUGUUCAGCUGAAGAGAAUGAAAAUUACCACAGCACAGAAACCCUUUCAAAGAAGCUCUUGGACGUUUGUCAGUUACGGAAGGAUAUUGAUGAAUUAAGGACUAUAAUAUCAGACCGUUAUGCUCAGGACAUGGGGGACAAUUGCAUUACUCAAUGACAACAUUUCAUCUAAGCAAAUGACUUAUUAAAUGCUGCUGCGUCACAGGUCUCAUGUUAUCACUUCACCUAAUUUCUGGAAUCGGAGCAUCAAACCAGUCAUGCUGCUACUGCUGUCAAUUCUUUCCUUCAUCAAGGGUUUAUAUGGCAUGAUCUGUGUUCUGAAAUUAGAGCAGAGGGUUGAAGGACCUGUAGCUGUACGUGGUGAAGCCAGAGGCUUCUGCAACUGCACUUCACUCUAGGAGAUGCUAUCAGAACAAUCUUGGAGCACUACAAAAAGUAGAUGUUCUUCAAGUUGCCUAAAAAAUGUGAUACAGGAAAGAUGUUGGUAUUAGUCAUGGAAGUCUAGCUUGUUUGCCCAGUAGGAGAAGAAAAUUAGGUUUUAACUCCUUUAUGCAAAUUAAGUCCAUAAAAUAUACCACUAUCAAUUUGUUUUCAGCACUCUCACAUUGUUGUAAGAAGUUUCAAUAGUAUGAAGCCUGUGACAAACCCAGAGAAGCUGGAAGGUGUGAAACUGCAGCACAAUACAUGGCUGUCAGGGAAAGAAAAAAAAGAAGAAAAGACUGUCUUAGUGACUUUAGAGUUCAUACCAUACUUGCUUUUCCCUUAAGUCAUCUCCGUUUUGAAAUGUGGCUGGUCUGUGUUCUGUUCCUAAAGGUCUUUGAAAUUGUGAACCACCUCAACCAUUUUUUAUCACACCUACAAAAUGAGUGUUCAGCACUUGGCAAAAUCAGGGGUCAGAACAGAAUGUUUCCACUUGAGCAGUAUUAAGUACUUGGUUACCGGAGGACUGCAAAAUUUUCUACAGUGUUUGGGAAUUCUUGAUUUCUCCAUUUUUGUAGGAAGCAAUUACGUUUUAAAAAAAAAAAAAAAGUCACUUUCCAUAGUUUAUUCAGCAACUGUCACUUGGCAGUGCUGUGUCACUCCCAUGGGACAGAUGGCUCAUUAAUGCUUCUAGUUUCCUGGAACGUUACUGCAAGUGAGCUGCACAGUUUUGCAUGGUGUAAAAUAGUAUUUAACUGAAGGAAACAAAAGCUUGCAAAGAGCAAAACCACUCUCAAAUCACACUGUUAAGAAAAUACACGAGCAUCGGUUCCUUACAUGGUAUUAGAAGAAGGUCUCAGAUUACUAAGGUGCAAGUCAGUCAGCUGCCCCAUAACAGCAGAAAUCUCUUGGAAGUCUUAGUGAUUAGUACCAAGUAAAUUCUAGGGCAACAUCUUUAUGGCAGAAGUGUUAGUUUCUUCAGUUCUAUGAUUAUUAUUUAUGUUAAUAGAAAAAAAAAAAAGGUAUAGCGAUGUAGACUUGUUACCAGUCUUGACUUGGUGAUCUUUUGCUUUCUUUUCGUUGUUAAGCAGUAACCAUUAAUUUUUUUAUAAUUUAGUGAUUUAAUUCUUUUUAGCUAUAUGGACUUACUUAUUUGACAGUUUUCUCUCUCCUGAACCUACACAUGGACUAAUUUGUGAAAAAUGGUGUUGCUAUUUAUAUUAUUGUUACAUGAUGUUUUCAGAUCUGUAAUCUGACUGGCUCAGCUUCUGUGAGCACUAAAACAGAGUCUAGAUGACAUCUCAAGUGAAAUUGUCUGAUGUUUCUACUUCAAGGUAAAAAGGCCAUUUUAUUUUAAAUUUCUGUUGCUUUGAAAGUGUGCUUUUAUACUAGUGCAAAACUGAAAACAAGGAUCUUUGCACAAAUGGGCUUGCACAGUUUCCUGUGCCUGUAACAGUAUUGGCUUUUGUGACUAGGGCCUCGGCUCGUUUCUUUAGUGUAGUUUGUUGGUUUUGGCCCUGCAGUGAAGUAAGUCUCCAAUUUAUGGCAUGUCUCCUAUUAGAGUUCAACAAUAGCAUGUCAGAUAAUAAAGUAUAUGUAUUAGGAGAGAGGAAACACCUAAGUUGCACAUUAUUCUUUCCUUAGAUGGAAACGUUGUACCUGUAACAAUUAUGAAGCAACACAAUUUUCUAACUUUAGUGGAAAUAACAAGGAGUUUAAUAGAGCACUUAGGAGCAGGAGAUUUUUUUGAGUCACUUUGAACGAUUAAGCUGGUCACUUGGCUGGUGUACCUCCACAGUCCCUGUUAAAUGGUGAUACUGUACUGCAGAGUUGAGAUCAGUAAUCUAUAUUUACAAAGCACUUCAGGAGCUUUUAUGCUGUUCAAGGAUUAGUUGAAAGUCCCUCAGGAAGAAGGUCACAUUUUAUUUUUAAUAAUUUGAUUGCAGUUCUGUAAUCUCACAUUGUAGUAUUUUUAUUAUGGAACCUGUAAUAUUUAUGUUGACUUUAAAGCACUUGAUUUAAAAAAACCCUGAGUUUAUCUGCCUCAGUCAAUGCAAGGUAGGGAGGUAAAUGAUGGAUGUGUGAGCCAAAGAUGCAGACUACCAAUUGACUGUCUACAGUGAUACAGUAUUUUGCUUUGACUUCUUAAAAUUGGACCUGUUGUAAGAGUAGCAAUUACUAUAUAUGCAUCAGUUUAUAGAUGCCUCUAAAAGGAAUAAGCUUUGUCUAAGAUAUGCAUGAUUGUUUAAUCAGUUAAAAUGUAGUGUGUGUGGUCUCAUUCAACAUAUUUAAUACAGAGUUGAUAAAUGAAUGUUAACAUUGGAAUUGCUUAGAUUUAGUCAUGACAACUUUUUGCUGUAGCUAUUAGACAAUCUAAAGGGCUGAAAACCAGCCGCUAACAAAUGGCUGCUGUACCCUGCUGGCUGUCAGCAAGUUGGUACAGCAGUUUGUUUGGGUUUUUUCCAGAUUUAAUUUGUACAAUCCUUUAAAAGAUAUUUACAGUAACUACUGUAUUCAAGAAUGUAUUUUGAAAAAGACUUGGAAAGUAACUGUCUUCAGACAAGCUACAGGUGAUGCUAUGUAUUUACUAUAUAGAAGUAAUGCAGCUCGGUUGUGUAAAUGUGCCUCAGGCUGCGAGGCUCUGCUGUGCAGCUGUGUAGUGUGGUAGUUGUGUGACACUGUGACCACCCACUCAGGCUCCAGCAUUCAAAACUGCUGGUAGCUGUGAAGUCUUUACAAGAGCUGAAACGUUGUCCUUUUCACUUCAAAAGGUUUCCUGCCUUCCUUUGCCCUCGCUUGCCUGCCUUUUGUUUCAGAUGUUUUUUUCGCAGGGUAAGAGCACAAGGAAGGAAGGCAAGCAAACCCCUUCCUGCAAGGCCUGCUGCCCCAGCAUGGGCAGCAAUGGCAUGUGGCAGUCGCUCUACAUGGGUGUAGUUUGCUCCUGUUUUUCUUAUCAGUGAUGUUUGCAGGUGGAAUUGCAGGUAUAAUCAGACUCUUCUCACAGAUGUACCGAGUUGUCAUGAGUGGGGAGAAUAUCUUGUGAACGAAUCUGUAUUCUCAGACUUCAAACAGGUCAAUGGUUAUUAUUUUAAGGGAUGAUUUAUUCCCGUAGCUCAUUAGCAAUAUUAAUUCCACAGCUGCAUACCUUUGUGCCUUUUUAGCCUGAAGUAAGUGUAUAUUCCCCUUGAGCUUUAGAUAAGUUGCUAGGAUGCUGAUGACUGCACCUUGCUGACCUCUUACCUGCCGCUCUUGUUUAUGAGCUUUUGUAGUAAGAAUUCUGGCAUAAUGUCUAGAAAGAGAAGUACUGAAACUAGGUACUAGGUGUACACUUGAAAUGCUGGGCUGGUUGUAGCAUGCAGCUUUUUUAAAUAUGAAGCGUGAGCAGGAAAAUCAUAUCACAAUGUGUCUAUUUUGUAUAUAUUAAUUACAAUAUAUCAUUAGGUCAGUGGGAAGGAGUGUCUGGAGCGAUCUUUUAAAAGCACAGCUGACAUAUGUACUGGAUCAGUCCCUGAAGACUGGUAGUUUUGUAAAUUGGGUUCAAUUUUUGAACCGCUCAGAAUACCUCAUAUGUAAAUAGAGUUGUCAUGACUUAAUCACAAUGUGUUCAUUGUAAAAAGUGAAGGAGCCACUGGCUGGCUCAGCUUUAGGCUUGUUGUUCUUGCCUCUUUUUGUAAUUUUUUUGAAGUAGGGUUUACAGCUAGAAUUUUGAAUGCCAAAGUUCUAUUUAUUAAAUAAUAAUUAAAGUUUUCAUUGUUAAUGACUGGUAUUUUUCCACUGGAAUUUGUUUGUUGAUGUUUGGGAUUUGUAUCUACAGAGCAGAAAAUAAAUUUUGUAAAAAAAAGUGA